AUGACUGGUGACGAUGUUCUUGAUGCUCAUGAGUCUGGUAUCGCACUUGUUGCAUCUCGAAAUCCGUUUAGAGAAACAGGACCACCAGCGUGUAUGGCCAAGUUAAUCAUGCUCAGACAUAAAAUGCAAACUAGUACACGCAGACGCAGGAGCCUUACGCCGUCACGCCAAGCAGCGAGGAAUUUUGUCCUCCCACCCCCUAGAACUAUGAACCGUCCCCCGUGGAUACGCUUCGGCAAGCAGUUUGGAAUCCAACACCAUUAA